CGCUGCUGCGGGAGGAGGUGGCCCAGCUGCAGGAGGAGGUCCACCUGCUCCGGCAGAUGAAGGAAAUGCUGAGCAAGGAGCUGGAGGAGACGCACGGCAGCAAGUCCCCGGAGGUGCUCUCGGCCACGGAGCUGAAGGUGCAGCUGGCGCAGAAGGAGCAGGAGCUGGCGCGGGCCAAGGAGGCUCUGCAGGCCAUGAAAGCCGACCGCAAGCGCUUGAAGGGGGAGAAGACAGACCUGGUGAGCCAGAUGCAGCAGCUGUACGCCACCCUGGAGAGCCGGGAAGAGCAGCUCCGGGACUUCAUCCGCAACUACGAGCAGCACAGGAAAGAGAGUGAGGACGCGGUGAAAGCCCUGGCCAAGGAGAAGGACCUGCUGGAGCGGGAGAAGUGGGAGCUGCGGCGGCAGGCCAAGGAGGCCACGGACCACGCCAGCGCCCUGCGCUCCCAGCUCGACCUGAAGGACAACCGCAUGAAGGAGCUGGAGGCCGAGCUGGCCAUGGCCAAGCAGUCCCUGGCUACGCUGACCAAGGACGUGCCCAAGCGCCACUCCUUGGCCAUGCCGGGUGAGACGGUGCUGAACGGCAACCAGGAGUGGGUGAUGCAGGCUGACCUGCCGCUGACCGCCGCCAUCAGGCAGAGCCAGCAGACCCUCUACCACUCCCACCCCCCGCACUCGGCGGACCGGCAAGCGGUCAGAGUGAGCCCCUGCCACUCCCGGCAGCCGUCCAUCAUCUCCGAUGCCUCCGCGGCCGAGGGCGACCGCUCAUCCACGCCGAGCGACAUCAACUCCCCCCGGCACCGAACACACUCGCUCUGCAACGGGGACAGUCCUGGACCGGUACAGAAGAACUUGCACAAUCCAAUCGUACAGUCUCUAGAAGACCUGGAAGACCAAAAACGGAAAAAGAAGAAAGAGAAGAUGGGUUUUGGCUCCAUCUCCAGAGUGUUUGCCCGGGGCAAGCAGCGCAAGUCCCUGGACCCCGGGCUGUUCGACGGGACAGCCCCCGACUACUACAUCGAGGAGGACGCGGACUGGUGACAGCACCGGAGCCUCUCUGGCCCUGCACAUGUACAUAUCCCCCACCCCACACCCCGUCCCACCUGUGGGCGUGUCACCUGUUGUCUUGGGAGCGAUGCAGCUGUGUCGUGACUUCCGGGUUUUUUUUCCUUUUUUUUUUUUUUUUUUUUUUUUUCAUCCCGGUAACUCCUUUGUUGUCGCUUCAGUUUGUCAGUUUGGGUUGGCUUUUUUUGUCCUUGUUUUGGGAGGGUUUUUUUGUUCUUUUAUUCUUGUUCUUUUGACAAAACUUGAAACUUGAAGGACUGCUGUGUCUCUGUAAAUAUGAGAAAUAUUGUGCACUUUGUGCUUGUGACGUCUCUUGUCCGAAACCCGCUGUUUUCCGGAGCCCAGCCCGCGGGAUGUCCUCGCCUGGGGACAAAGGACCUGCCCAGCUGAGGGAUCUUAGAGAGAAAACACAAAAACAACAACAAGCAAAUCUCCUUCGCUGUGAUGUCUUCCUGGCCGAGCCCCUCAGAGGCAACCCGGGCUGGUUGUUACACCUGCCGGUCUGGAAAUAAGUGUUUUAACGUUCCUUUUUAGUUGUUUUAAUUUAUUUGCACAAACCCAGAGGAGCUAUUCUAACUAAAUUAUUGCAGAAGUUUUGGGAUUUUUAUAUUUUUCCACAUCGGUUGGGAUGGGGCGGGGAGGAGGAAGGGGGUGUUUGUACUGUACUGUCCUGGGAAGUUGCUGUUGGGGGGGAUUGGGGCUGUGGAUCCCCAGCCCAGGCUCCCUCAGCUGCCCCAGGAGCACUUAACGCCUUGGAAAACGCAAACCUAAACACGUGCCGGAAAAUCAGACAGGGGGAAGCUGUGGUGGGAGCUUUGCCCUCUGUUUUUCCCUGCUUUUGUUGGGAGCUCACCCUUUGCUUCAAGUAAAAUUUAGGGGGAUCCGGCACGAGCUGGGAGCAAGGGGAGAGGUGAUAUCCCAAGAUAUCCCAUAUCCCAAGACAUUGCCCAGAUAGGGCUGGCCACCCCUGCAGUUUGGGGUGUCCGUGCUGUCGGAGGGGGCUGGGGAAAUCGGUACGAGGCCCCACUGGGAAGGUUUUUCUGGCUUUGGGGUGAUUUGGAAGCACAGGUGGAGCUUGUUUUUCCAAAUCCCUUGGAACUGCCCCCAAACCACCCCCCGGCGCAGCGGCCGCUUCCCCUCCCCACUAACAUGUGCCGUGCUCUGCUUAUGCCAAGAUAAGUACCUUAUG